AAACAUUAAGCGGACUAUCGGUGCAGAGUCGGUUACUCCAGUUCUUGGUAAGAAAAAAGAAUAGUUUGUCUCUCUCUGAGUGAGAGAUCUGAUGCAGUCCAGAUUCUGAAGAGACAUUAGACUGUAUGGAGCCUGAGGGAGACCCUGGAGUCAUGAGCAGGAGUGUCAAGCAGGAGAGAGCAGCUCCCAGCUGUGUGUCUAUGAAGAGUGACAGGUCAAUGGAGCAAGAUAUCAAAUUCAAAAGAGUAAAUCUCCCUGACUCAAGUGUCAAGCAUGGGAGAGAGGAGUCUCCUGCUUCCAGCUGUCUGUCUAUGAAGAGUGACUGGUCACUGGAUCAAGACAUAAACUUCAGAGCAGGAGUCUGUCUCUCUGAUCUAAGUGACUUCAGUGCCAGUCUGCUGACUGAGGAUCAAUUAAUAUGCUCUGUGUGUUCAGAGAUGCUGAGGGACCCGGUCUCCAUUCCCUGUGGACACAGUUGCUGCAGGCAGUGCAUCAGCACAUACUGGGCCCAGCCCGGCCCUGCAGGAGACUAUGUGUGUCCCCAGUGCAGCUUGGCCAGGGUCCUCCAGGGGCUCCAGCAGGCAGGCUUCAGUCCUGCCCUCCCUGCUCUGAGCUACGCUGGGCCUGGGGACGUGGCCUGUGAUAUCUGCUCUGGACAGAAGCUCAGAGCGGUCAAGUCCUGUCUGACCUGCACUGUCUCCUACUGUGAGAGCCACGUCAGGCAGCACUACACCGUCCCAGCACUGCAGAGACACACCCUGGCUGAGGUCACUGGAGACGGGGGGACACAAAGACCACCAUGGCAACGCUGGACAGACAGAGAGCAUCAAAGAGGAGGAGACUAUGGAGACUGA